CGACCCUGUAAUCUUCGUCUUGAGUCCGAAAUCUUCAUCGUACCAGUACUCAAAAUCGUCUCUGGAUUCUGCACGCCUGUUGAUCUCGACUUCGCCACGGGAAAAUCUCAACACUGCUUUGAACAACAGGAUAAGCCAUGCCCAUCCGAUCAGCAAGUUUCGCAGAUCUGCUGCCAGCAGCACACGUGUGUGCAGAAGCCUUCUUCGACGAGGAUCUGUUCGGCCAAAGAAUUCACCCAAACCGAUCAGCGUUCCCUGGAGACGUCUACCUCUUCUUCCUGCGACAGUUACGAAAAGACUUUUUCGACGGCCACAACACAGUCAUGGUUUCCCAUCCCGAGAAUCAACUAGCCUGUGUGACUGGAGUGGCUGUCUGGACGCGUAAAGGACGCGGUGGAGACCGUAUGGCUGCUUCUCAAUCAUGGUCUGCUUGGUUCACUGGGCGCUUCUUACUCCCAGCAUACAAUUGGCUGGGUUCGCUUAUUUGGCCCAAUCGUGCUGCAGAUCCAGCUAUGCUCGAUGUACUGGAUCGCGCAAUGCCAUUCACGGAACACUACUGGAAAACUCCAGAACGUCUCGAGAAUUGGUACUUGGCUUUGUUGGGAACAGGACCUGAAUACCAAGGCCAUGGCUAUGGCAAGGAAUUGCUCAAAUGGGGUAUUGAGCGUGCCACUGAAGAGGGCAUAUGUGUCAGUUUGGUUAGCGCGAAUGGUAAGGAUUUAUUCUAUAAGAGGUACGGCGUUGAUAAAGAGGCUGGGUGGGCUAGUGAGGGUGGUGAGCAGAACCCUAUACAUGAUAUCGCUGGCGGCAUGAUUUUGUUCUCAAAGAAGUUGGAGAAGAAGAUGCAGUAAGGAAGGGGGUUUCUGAGAAAAGUCAGACGACACGAGAUUAGAUAGUCAUUAAAGCGUAGCGGUCGAGAAUAAUGAGAGUGUUCAUUGCAGCGUCAA